AUGCCGUUUGAUGCGUUUUAUGGUGAGGCAGCCACCCAACAUGAUGUCUACAUGGGGUCAGUCAAGCCUGUCUUGCACCAUCUGUUGAAGGGGCAGAAUGCCAGCAUAUUGGCUUAUGGACCAACUGGAGCAGGCAAGACAUACACCAUGUUGGGAAAUCCAGAUCACCCAGGUGUGAUCCCUCGAGCUGUUCGAGAUGUCUUGCAGAUGACAAGGGAUGCUUCAGAAGAUAAAUGCAAAUACUCUGUCUCUAUGUCCUAUCUGGAAAUCUAUCAAGAAAAGGUUUUAGACCUUCUUCAGCCCACCCUCCGAGACCUGCCCAUCAGAGAGGAUCAUAACCACAACAUCCUGGUUCCAGACUUGACCCAGAAAGAGAUCACUAACUUUGCAGACUUUGAAAGCCAUUUUCUGCCAGCGAGCAGAAAACGAACGGUGGCGUCAACUCAGCUGAACCAGCGCUCCAGCCGCAGUCAUGCUGUGUUGCUGGUUCUGGUGAACCAGAUCCGGGACUGGCCCACAUAUUCUCCAGCAGAUGGUGGUACUCCAGAGAGAUAUUACUGGCAGAUGAUGGCACAUAUGACAUUGGAGAAGACCAUGUGA